AUGCUCACGGCCUCGGGCCCCGAGGGAGGCGCGCAGAGCGUCAGCAUGGAGGACGUGGUGCGCCAGAUCGAUAGCGACGGCAUGGACAUCGACCGCGUGCACGCCUUCAUGAGCUCCACGCGCUUCCGCCAGCGCUUCCGCGUGAUGGGCGUGCGCAUCUACCGCGUCGUCGUCGGUGGCACUGGCCUCUCGGCAGCCGCUGAGGGAGGCUCGGUGGCGCGCGCUCUCGGGCGCUCGCUAGUGCCGCCGCCUCGAAUCCUGGAGUUGCGGCCCAGGGACCCCCGUCGCGUCCCCCUGCGGACGGGGGCGUGGGCCGCACACCGUCGCGGCAGCGGCCCGCGCGCGGGGAUUUCGAACUUCUGGCGGCCCUCGGCGUCGUCCAGCCUGCUGGACGGGGUCGAGGGCUUCCUUUGA